AGCUCACUUGCUCGGUAGCAUCCAAGCUUCAAGUCAAGUCAACAUGUGGACAACGGGCGUGUUGGUCGUCACUGUGCUAGCAUUAGUUGGGUCAUCCUUGGGGAAUGACGCUAAGAAAGCAACACCAGUCAAGGUGGGCUCGGCUAAAGUUCCCGCUACACACGUAGGCCCGGCGAAGGUUCUCCCUGCGAAGGUGGACGCGGCAAAGCCAUCUUCUGCAAACAAGUACGCACAUCACACCCCUUCGCCUUUCAAGUUCAAUUUUGGCAACUUUGGUGGGAAAGAACGCGCACCCUGGAAUAUGGAAUUUGGACGUGCGGACGGCGCAAAAGACGCGGGAAAGCACAAGAAACCCGAGGACUGGCUUUGGAAAAGGCUACCUGCGCAAAAGGAAAACAAAGAUUUCGACAUGUUCGACAAGAAAGUUUGGAAGUUCGAAGAAGGUCGCGAUGCCAAGGUGCUCGUAUUACAAGAUGCGGGGAAACUGAAAAAAUCUAAGCACUGGCUUGUGAACACGAAACCCGCACAUCACGGAAACAAAGAUUACAAUGCCUUCGGCAAGCACGCUUGGAAGUUCGAAGAGGGCCGCGAUGCCAAAGUGCUCGUCUUACAAGAUGCGGGGAAACUGAAAAAGUCUAAGCACUGGCUUGUGAACACGAAACCCGCACAUCACGGAAACAAAGAUUACAAUGCCUUCGGCAAGCACGCUUGGAAGUUCGAAGAAGGUCGCGAUGCCAAGGUGCUCGUCUUACAAGAUGCGGGAAAACUGAAAAAGUCUAAGCACUGGCUUGUGAACACGAAACCCGCACAUCACGGAAACAAAGAUUACAAUGCCUUCGGCAAGAACGCUUGGAAGUUCGAAGAAGGCCGCGAUGCCAAGGUGCUUGUCGUAAAGGACGCGGGAAAAGUAAAAAAAGGUGGGAACUGGCUCUGGCCAACGCAACCGGCGCAAAAGGGAAACAAAGGUUUCUACCCGUUCGACAAGAGAGGUUGGAAGUUUGAAGGUGGUCGCAGUGACAAGAAGUCAGGUAAUUCAGGUUACAACGACUACGACGAGUACGGUGCUGUUGAUACAGUGGACUGCUGGUCCAAGUCGCUAAAGAAGCUCGCCAAGGUCAUGAUGAAAGAGCAGCUCAAGAUGAUGAAGCUCUUCAAGAAGAGCAACAAGGGUUCCAAGGUGAAGGUGGUUAGCAUCAGCACGUACGCUCCGAACACUUACGCCACACCUGCCUAUGGUCCAACCACAUACGCGGCGCCCGCUUACGCCCCUACUACGUACGCAGCUCCCAGUUACCCGGCGUCCAACUCGAAGGGAAAACCUGGUAAACAUUAGGCAUCAACUGUGUAGAAGCGCCAGCUGUGAAGAAUAGAAUUCUAGGGGUAACUUUGAUCGAAUGAGGAGACUGAAUAAAAUGCAAGCUGCACAAAC